UUUUGCAGAGAAGUGUGGUGUUGAUGGGUGGGCGAAGUUCUAAGGAGGAUAGUUGGAGACAGAGUUCUUCUGUGCGCUCUGCUUCUUCAUGGAGUGCAUAUUUGGAUCCCCAAUGGGGUUAUGAUUAUGAUGAUCCACAAUCGUCUUAUUCUUCUUAUGGCUAUGAAGCUUAUGCUAGUGAGAAUGUAGUCAGAGAUGAUAGUACCAAGCUACAGAGAAGAUACUCCAGAAUUGUUGAUAAUUACAAUUCCAUUGACGAGGUUAGUGAGGCUCUUGCACGUGCAGGGCUUGAGUCUUCGAAUCUUAUUGUUGGUGUAGAUUUCACCAAGAGUAAUGAGUGGACUGGCAAGAAUUCAUUUAAUAGACGAAGCUUGCAUCACAUUGGGAGUGGUCUGAAUCCCUACGAGCAAGCAAUAUCAAUUAUUGGGAAAACCUUGGCUGCAUUCGAUGAGGAUAAUAUGAUUCCCUGUUUUGGAUUUGGAGAUGCAUCAACGCACGAUCAAGAUGUCUUCAGUUUCUAUCCGGAUGAAAGAUUUUGCAAUGGAUUUGAAAACGUGUUAAGCCGUUAUAGGGAAAUUGUUCCUCAUCUUCGACUUGCAGGUCCUACUUCAUUUGCGCCAAUAAUUGAAAUGGCCAUGACAAUUGUUGAGCAGAGUGGAAGCCAGUACCAUGUUUUGGUGAUAAUCGCAGAUGGCCAGGUAACAAGAAGUGUUGACACUGGACAUGGGAAACUAAGUCCACAGGAACAGAAGACUGUGGAUGCUAUUGUUGCAGCUAGUAAAUUACCUCUUUCAAUCAUAUUGGUUGGUGUUGGAGAUGGACCAUGGGACAUGAUGAAGGAAUUUGAUGACAAUAUCCCAGCUCGGGCCUUUGAUAAUUUUCAGUUUGUUAAUUUCAUGGACAUUAUGUCAAAGAACAUCCCUCCUUCACGAAAAGAGGCAGCCUUUGCACUUGCAUCAUUGAUGGAAAUUCCUUCUCAGUAUAAGGCAGCAAUAGAGCUUAAUCUACUGGGUAAUCGGCAGGCCAAUGCUCCUCAAAGGGUUGCUCUACCACCGCCCACUUGUAGUUCGGCAUCUCUGAACACUUCAGAGCCUUCUCAUGCUGCAACGUUUGAGCCCAGUUUCCUUCCUCAGUAUGGCGACAGCCACACAGUUGGCACAGCUUCUUCUGCCCCAAGUUCCGCUUAUGAUUAUCAACUUUGUCCCAUUUGUCUGAGCAAUGCAAAAGACAUGGCUUUCGGAUGUGGGCAUCAGACAUGUUGUGAAUGCGGACCAGAUCUUCAGUCGUGCCCCAUCUGCAGGAGCCCUAUUAAUACCAGAAUUAAGCUUUACUAAGCAUAUAUGUAAUGUAACUGGGGAAUUGAUUUUUUAUUUUCAUGCAUGUGUGGUGCCAGUCAC